UGAAUACGAAUAUUGAUCGAAAAUAAACCAGCAAACGACCGCCGUUAGUUUCUCCAACUUUACUCUUCGUUCGAAGAUCAAUUAUAAAUAAAGCAAAUAGACGUUUGAAAUUUAUAAUCACAUUUCACAGCACUCUUUCUUAUAAUCAGUGAUUUCUUCCACGAUCCAUUUCUAUCGAAGGGCGAAUUUACAGAAUUUCCGGUGUCUCAGUCAGAUGGUUAAAUCCGAAACUAAGAAGAAAAUUCGAUUAAACUCUUGGAGGACUUGGAUUAUUAUUGGCGCUCUCAUUGUUCUUCUCUUCGCUAUAUUAUUCGUUCCGAGAAAUUUUCACCACACCACUCUCUUCAAUCGCAUCAGAAACUGUAACUGUUCUCAGCAAGGGCUUAAGUAUUAUGGGAUAGUGGAGGAUUGCUGUUGUGAUUAUGAGACUGUAGAUCGGAUUAAUGAGGACGUGUUGUAUCCAUUGCUCCAUGAGAUUGUGAAAUAUCCAUUUUUACGAUACUUUAAGGUCAAGUUGUGGUGUGAUUGCCCUUUUUGGCCUGAUGAUGGUAUGUGCCGUUUGAGGGACUGCAGCGUAUGUGAAUGUCCAGAGAAUGAGUUUCCUAAAACAUUUAGGGAAUCCUCUUCCCAUAGCCACUCAUCAGAUGAUAUUGUCUGUCAAGAAGGAAAGCCAGAAGCUACUGUUGAUCGUACAAUAGAUACUAAAGCUUUCCGAGGCUGGAUAGUGGAAGACAAUCCAUGGACAAAUGAUGAUGAGACAGAUACUGAUGAAAUGACCUAUGUAAAUCUGCAACUGAAUCCUGAACGCUACACUGGCUAUACCGGUCCAUCUGCUAGAAGAAUCUGGGAUGCUAUUUACACAGAGAAUUGUCCCAAAUAUCCAUCUGGAGAGUGCCAAGAGAAAAGAAUAUUGUACAAGUUGAUAUCUGGUCUUCACUCCUCCAUUUCAAUCCACAUAGCCGCUGAUUACCUGAUUGAUGAAAAGACAAACACGUGGGGCCAAAAUCUUUCCUUGCUGUAUGAUCGGGUUUUGAAAUAUCCAGAUCGUGUCAGAAAUUUAUAUUUCACUUUUCUAUUUGUCCUGCGAUCAGUGACAAAGGCGACAGAUUACUUGGAACAGGCUGACUAUGAUACUGGUAAUCCUUUGGAGGACAUGAAUACAAAGCUUAUGAUGAAGAAGUUGCUGCAUGACAGUAAACUUCAAGAUGCAUGCCCAAAACCAUUUGAUGAAGCUAAGUUGUGGAAAGGCCAAAGUGGACCUGAGCUGAUGCAACAAACUCAGAGACAGUUCAGAAACAUAAGCGCAUUGAUGGAUUGCGUGGGAUGUGAAAAGUGUCGUCUUUGGGGAAAGUUACAGGUUCUGGGUCUCGGAACUGCAUUGAAAAUUUUAUUUUCCGUCAAUGGCCAGGAGCAUUCAGGUCAAACUCUGCAACGAAAUGAAGUGAUUGCUUUGAUAAACUUACUCCAUCGGCUCUCAGAGUCUGUCAAGUUUGUCCAUGAUAUGGGACCCUCGGUCGAAAGAAUUUUUGGGAAACAGAUAUCUGCAUCUGAUCAAAUAAGCCGAUGACAGAGUAUAUUCGAUCACACUUAUUAACAUUAUUGUAGAUUUUCCAUUCAGCAUAACACUGUUGGGAAGUUUCUUCUUUAGUAGUUAUUCACAGAUGUCAGAAACAAUUUUCAAGUUCUUCGCCCCAAACCACCAUUGACACAUCAUCGAUGUAGGGCUGGGAAGCUGGUGAUAGUAGAUGGCUUCUUCAAAGACUGCUUGAAUUGAAAUUUUGAUGAUCAAAACCCUUUUUAACUUUACCCAACAGAGAGAGAAAAAAAAAGAAUUAUAAAAAUGAACCCAUGAAAUGGUUAGAAGAUGUAUUUUUCUAUUUAAAUACUAUUUUGUAUCUAUAUACAGUAUAGACUCUAAAAUGUUUAUGCUUUGUGUGGCGAUAGAGGCAAUACAGUUCCAAAAUGGUUGAGAUGGUUGAGCUUGAAUUUUUUGUUUUCAUUUUGCCUUUCCUUGUUCCUGAAUUGAAACUUAUUGACUAGA